AUGGAGUGGACUAGUGCCGUCAGCUCCUGGAUCGUAGGUGGUAUGAUCGGCAGUCUUUUGACCGGACGUGCCUCCAACAAGUUUGGACGAAAGCCUACCAUGAUGGCAAACUGCCUUUUCAUGCUUGCAGGUGGAGUCGUGCAGGCAUCUUCCAGCACCAUUACUAUAUUCACCGUUGGGCGUGUCUUUGCAGGCAUUGCAGCUGGUGGUUCGACCGAUGUUAUCCCUGGAUUUAUCGGCGAAAUCUGUCCGCCGCACCUCCGGAACAAGUUGGGUGUGUGUUUCCAGAUUUCCAUCACAUUGGGUCAUCUACUUGUUGCGAUCACCUUCUUCUUCGCCAGCACUAGUACUGGUUGGAGGUAUAUCGCAGGAUUCCCUAUUGUACUGGCAUUGCUUUUCUUGGGACUGGCACCUUUUGUUCUCGUGGAAAGCCCCGCGUGGUUGUUGAUGGCAGGUCAGCCGGUGCUUGCCGAGCUAGCGCUGGCUCAUCUCUAUGGUUCGGAGAACGUGCAUUUGAUAAAGACCUGGAUGGACCAGGACGAAGCGGCUCCUAGAGUGGGCAUUGGUAGUGAGUAUGUCAUGCCGAUGCAAGACUUGGCGAUGUCGAUGUCUCCAGAAACACCCAAGCAGCGCAACGUCACCCGACUGUUAUCACCUGCACUCAUUCGGCAGCUACUGGUAGCAAUUGGCGUGGCUGGAACCCAGCAGCUCACGGGUGUUAAUGCUGUCUUCUUUUACUCGUCUGGAAUCUUCAAGCAGGCGGGACUCGCAGACGGCCGCAUCGAUGUCUUGCUAGUCAAUUUUGUGAAUGUCCUACCGUCCUUGUUUUGCGGGUUGCUAGCUGCGCGUGUGGGUAAUCGCAUGCUCAUCUUGUGCGGAUUGGCGGUAAUGUUUUGA